AUGGUUUCGGCUUUACCUCCACCGGCCCGGCCGCUGCCUCGCUCCGCCGAUCCUCAUUUAAACCAGAACGCCUGGAAUAACCUUGAGAAGUACAGCAGAAGCUUGGCAAGGAACAACAAGAACGUCUAUGUCUGCACGGGACCCCUUUACCUGCCCAGGAUGGAGGCCGAUGGGAAGAUGUAUGUCAAGUACCAGGUGAUUGGGAAGAACAAUGUGGCCGUCCCCACCCAUUUCUUCAAGGUGCUCAUCUUGGAAAAGGAGAGCGGGGAGAUUGAGUUGCGCUCGUAUGUGAUGCCCAACAGCCCUGUGGAUGAGAAAAUCCCCCUGGAACGGUUCCUGGUUCCCAUCGAGAGCAUUGAGCGAGCCUCGGGGCUCCUCUUUGUCCCAAACAUCUUGAAGAGAACAAGUAACUUGAAAGCCAUCACAGCUGGAAACAAGCAUUGAACCCCAACUAAACAAAUCCAGGUAUUCCGUGGGAAGGGACUCACAGCAGUCGUCCACAGAAUACUAGUUCCUCGUGCAAUUUUAAAUGUGAGAAAUAAGAAUCAAACCAAUGCUGCUCUUUACCCUUCCCCUCGUUUUGCGUAACGGUGACACACACACGUGCGGCAGGUCCUGCAGAAGGCUCCCGGGCACUUGACACCAUAGCAUGUCUUUUGAAUUUGCCCGUAAGCUGCAGUACAGAGGGUACCCCUGUAAUUGCUCCCUUGGCUCAUUAAGGCACAAAGGGAAGUUACAUAAUUUCUGCUAUUUAGCAGGGAAGAAUGGGAGCAAGAUGGGCGCGGGGGGGGAGAGGAGAGGUUCCUGCCUUUCUGUGGCCAAAGGAUUGUAUGAUUGUUUUCUUUCAGAAGAUGAUUUUAGCAGUAAAUCUUUAAAAC